AUGUAUACUUACUACAUAAAAGACAUGAUAUUCGUGAGCGGGUCCAAGGCUAAUCUCAUCAAAUUAUGUUUGUUGAUAUUACUGUUAUUAUUCUCACUAAUGAUGAUAAUAGUGCCUUUUAUAAUUAAAGAAAGGGGACUCCAAUUGCGUCAAAGACAUGUGCGAUUCGCUCCGGAUAUGAAAUACAUAUUAUUCUGGAAUCAUCCGAAAGUCAAGAAAUUUAAAUCUUUUCACGUCAAAGCUGUCAAUGAAUUCGAGAGUGGUCAGAGUACAUUCAUAAAGCAAAAGUGUCCAUACAUCAAUUGCUUUAUAUCAUACAAUGAGAGUUUAUUAAACGGAGACCAGAGUAACUUCGACGCUGUCGUCUUUGAUGUACAUGAUAUCAGUAAAUUUAGAAUAAACGACUUCAAUUUCACCAGGUCUCCUUAUCAAAAGUUCGUCUUCAGAUCUCAUGACGCCGCUGACAAUCAACCAAUUUGUAAUCCUGUUUUUGAUAACUUCUUCGACUGGACAUGGACAUACAAACUCAAUUCAGAUGUCCCCCAUCCAUUUAUUAACAUAUACAACGCCAAAGAAAAAUUGGUUGGGCCUAAAGUCAAUAUGACUUGGGUGAAAAAAAUGAAUCACAGUGUUGUGCCAAAGAACAAAUUCAAACACAAGGACAGAGCUGUCAUAUGCAUUAUUAACAAAUGUAGAUUGAAACACAAGUACCAGGAUUUCAUUCACGAAUUAGGGCAGGAAUUGAAGGCAUAUAAUUAUACGAUUGAUACUUAUGGCACAUGUGGUAAAAACAAAUGUCCCAGUGGUAAGCUGAGCGAAUGCUAUAAGAUAGCAGAGAGGGAUUAUUACUUUCAGUUAGUUCUCGAAGAAUCGACUGUUGAAGAUUACGUCACUGAGACCGUUGCGAAAGCACUGAGUUUGUACACUGUGCCGAUUGUUCUUGGCGAAGCUAAUUUUAGACGGUAAGUUAGAAUUAUCUUAAUCAGUCAGUCCUUUUACGUCCCCACUGCAGGCGCUCAGGCCUUCUUUAUAGAUGGGUGAUGACCCUCCACGCAGACUCAAUGUGGACUGCAGAUACAACCGAGGCCAACGGCUUAACAUGCCGAAGCACCGGAGUAGCUCGAGAUAACAAUGUUUUGAUCACCCUUUUCGUGACCGACCUAGUAUGCUUUAUAACGACGAUGGCAGGCUGGGACGCUUAUCCACUACGCCACCGCGCUACUCCGACUACUCCGGGCUAUUUUACACCAAUUUAUACAUCACAAAAGAUAAAAGUUUUAG